GCCCUCCUUCCCCUCCCGCCUGCUGCCGGACAAGAUGGCGGCGGCCGCGCGCUGGGCCGCGCUGGGCCUGGUGCUGUGGCUGUGCGCGGCGGCCCGCGCCGAGGAGCCGGAGGGGAAGCGGCGGGCGGGGCCGGCCAAGAAGAAAGACAUUCGGGACUACAACGACGCGGACAUGGCCCGGCUGCUGGAGCAGUGGGAGAAAGAUGAUGACAUUGAGGAGGGGGAUCUUCCUGAGCACAAGAGGCCACCAGCACCAAUAGAUUUCUCAAAAAUUGAUCCAGGCAAGCCUGAAAGUAUCCUGAAACUGACGAAAAAGGGGAAGACUUUGAUGAUGUUUGUCACGGUAUCAGGAAAUCCCACAGAAAAGGAGACAGAAGAAAUUACUAGCUUGUGGCAGGGCAGUCUCUUCAAUGCAAACUAUGAUGUACAAAGGUUUAUUGUUGGCUCAAAUCGUGCCAUCUUCAUGCUACGUGAUGGCGGUUAUGCCUGGGAGAUCAAAGACUUCCUGAUCAGUCAAGAAAGGUGCGCGGAUGUUACUCUGGAAGGCCAGGUUUAUCCUGGCAAAGGAGCAGAUGGAAGUGAGAAGGGAAAAAACAAAACCAAACCUGAGAAAGCAAAGAAGAAAAAAGACGCAGAGAAGAAAUCUAAAAGCAGCCAAGAGGACAACCGCGCAGCCAAACAGAGAGAAGAUCUAUGACAGAUGCAUGAGCCAGACUGAAUGGUGCUCUGCUGUUCCUUGAAGGGAAACUUGACUUUCUGUACAAUUCCUGGCUUUAUAGAGGAGAAGGAAGGAAGCAGAUGUUACUGAGGUUUAAAGACUUCUGUGUUGAAAUACACCUGUUUACUUAUUAAUGUUGGCUGUUUGUUUAACUACAGAAACGGUAAUGGUUGAUACCAGCAAUUGACUACUUUAGUUUGUAAUCCUUUAUGCUUUUGUUGUUGUUCAAAGUUAACAUACAAACCUAUGUCUAAGGUUAUGAAUUUAGGUGGAGAGGAAGGUGGAUAGUCUCGGAAUACACCAGUGUUAAUCUGUAGUGGCUGCUGUCCAUCAUGGGUAUGCAAGUUGGUAUUUGAUUCAUUGUUGCAGAGCACCUGCUAAAAGAUACUUUAGGAAGCCCAUUUGCCAUGCUCAUUUUGCAAAAAUGACUGGAGUUGCAAAGAGCAAUGUUGCAGUGGCCAAAUAUGCCUGGAAUGGCAGGGUUUAGGAUGGGUCUGGUUGAUUGAUUUUCUGAAAACAAAAACUCUUCUGUCCAUCACCAAAAAUCCACAAAAGUGCUUUGAUUCUUGAUAGAAGCUAGGUAGGUACUCAGCUAAUGCACUCCAAACCAGUAGAGUGAAGAGAUUCUGUCCCCAUCAGAUGUGAUGCACUUGAGUGUAAGGAAGCUGCAACACCAACGUGGGCAGUGGUGGGGUGGAAAGUCACAUUCAUGGCAUUCAUGUUGCUGCUGCUGCCAAAGAACCGUGCCUCUGGAUGCGGACGUUACAUGUGCCCCGUUAUCUACGCAGUGAGAUAGAAGAUACAGCUUUAACUCUGGAAUUAAUUUGUUUUGCUAGUGGUUUGCUUAAAUCUUUGUAAAAGCAUUAGUUACAGUGCAGAGUUAAACUUUGAGAUAGACAUAUCGCUGACAGAUGUUUAAUAACCCAGAUUUUUUUCGUAGAUUCCUGAGUGUGACAUGGUUGAUUGUAAAUGAACAUUGAUUUAAUUAAUAUGAAACUUGAUGUAUGGGAGCAAGUCUGAUUUCUCCUUGAAAGACUCUGUGUAAUGAGCAAGGUUUUAUUCUAUUUCCAGCUGUUUUCAGGCAAACGCAUGGCUUAGUUGUGCUUUCCUUUUCCUUUUCUAUGUGUUAAGGACUAAACGCACCCAAUAUUUAUGGUCCAUGCCAUUUUCUAGAGGAUGAGCAGAGUAUUAGCUGCCUUCAUUCGAUAGUACCAAGAGAAUACUACUUUCACUCUUUUUAUAAGGUGCUAAAAUCCAAGUGUUUUGGAUGAAAGGUCCUAACUGAACCAUAAUGGUUGAUCUUGUGGGAUAUUUCAAUAUCAGAAAAGGGAAGCUGACUUAAUUAGUGCUUGUUCCAAAAUAAAAAGAUGUCACUAAACGUAUUGCUUCACCGAGUUGUAAAACGUUUUAAAUAACGACGCAUUUAGGUGUUUGGGGAGGGAAACUAACCUGUCUUUGGUUUCCUUAGUUCCUCAUAAGGACUAAAUGAUAUCGAUGGAAAUCCCAGGCCAUCGUUUUUCCUUACUUACAAUGAUAGUGCAUGAAUUGAAGAAACCUUUCCUGCCACGCUUCACUCAGCAGUUGUCUGAGUGGAGAAAUGAAAGUCACGUAUUGCUCUUGUAUUCCGCUGUUAAUCCAGAACUAUACAGGAGUUGGGAUGGGUCUCUAGGAACUUGGAUAUUGCCCCGCAGAGAAAUGUGCAGUCUGUUUCUUGUUCAUAGCUAACUUACCAUUUUGUUACACUUCCUGGUUUUGUACCUCCCUGUUUUGUUUAAGAAUUUUGCUUCUCAGAAGAUGAGCAUAGGUGAAAUGAAGCUGUAAAUACAAAAUGGUACUGCUUUUUUUUUCUUUUUACAACAAAACUGUGGUAUAAAGAUGACGAUUCCAUUUGUCCAUGCCAAUGUGUGGAAAUGCUCUCUGCUUUCUGACAAGGAUUUUUUUGGUCAAACUGGGAUUUUACUGAGCAAAUAAUUAAGCAAUGCAAGGUGGUAUGCAAAUAAUAGAAAAUCAAAGCUAAUGAGGAGGUUUGAUCACUACACUGUAACUAUAACCCAACUUCUGAGAAUCAGUGCUUGUUGUAGUUGGUCAUAAGACUACGUUUAUGGAAGGCUGGGUCUCUUCCCUUUGUAGCUAAUGGGAUGGGGGCAGCUUUGCUGAAAUUCAGCUCACCUGUUGACCAGUCGUUUGUUUCUGAGUAAUUAAUUUGCAUGUGCCAAAUGAAGUCAUGUUUUAUGCCACUUUUUCUUAAUUAAAAAAUAAUGACUCAUUGUUUGCUUUUUUUCCCCUCUAAAAGUCUUUGGGACCCUGGCUCUUGGACUGGUGCACAAGCAAUUUUAUGUUGUAUUGAUUGAAGAGACUCAAACACAAAAUAUAUAUAUAUAUAGCUGCAGAUUAUAGUCCUUCUUGUUCUUGCCUUUUUAUCUGAGCUCUACACAGAGGUAUGUGGAAAAACUGUGAAAAAUUUCCAGCUGAUUUUAUGUGAUUAAAAUAUUGGAAUGAGUGUUUGAUUUCACUUUCAAAAGUA